CAUGCAUCUUGAAUAUUACAGCAGUUUCAAGUCGUAUAAUUCAAGAAAAUAGCUUCUUUUAGUGGACGUAAAUGAUUGGUAAUGCAAAAAUAGCACAAAAAGCUACCAACAAAUCAACUGUCAAAAGGUUGUGUUUUAAACAAUUGUGGGAGCGUUAUUUUGAAAAUAUUUUGCUUUUCCGUUUUCCAUUCUUAGAAACAGCUUGAACCGUUGAGGCAUAAUAAAACACAAUGAAUAAAGAAUUAUAUGUUGUUGAAGAAGAACAUAGUGGAAGUUCAGAUCAUAGAGAUGGAUUUAAACUUAGCUUUCAUACUGGUUCUUAUCCAUCUCAAAUGUUUAUUGAACUUCAAGAAUUGGUACCAAGAGUUGAAGGUGGAUUACAAUUUGAUGAAUCUACCUUUAAAAUGCCAGUAACAGCACAUUUUCGUGUUCUUUGGCUAGAAACUGCAAGAUGGGUAAAUUUUGAAGAAAAUUUCAAUGAAGUUGAACAACGUUUCACUGAAGCUCAUGUACCUCCAAUGAAAUUUUCUUGUAUAAAUAAUUUUCGAGAUAAAUUAUCCCAAUACUUGAAAAUUAUACACAGUGAUGCACUUACACUUGGUCAAGCUCUUGAUGAAGUUGCAAAGUCUGCACUAGCCCAAGAUUGUAUUCAAGGCAAUGAUCAAUAUGAUGUACUUCGGGCUAUUUUAUUUGCUGAACGUUGGCAUCCAGAUGUUAAAGGUCACAUUUCUGAUGAAGCUGAAUUUGAACAAUACUGGGCAGGAUACCUACCUGAGGGUGUGAAUCCUGGAUCAGCUCGAUCAUCCAUUUCUUCGUUAUCUGCUGAUGUUAAGAAACCGGCAUUUUUACAAAGAGCCUCUGUAGCAGCAAUGGGAUGUAGAAACAAGAAAAAUACUUCUAUAAGUAGAGGAUCUGUUUCAACAAAUGAUUUCAAACCUAAGCUUUCUCUAGGCAGUAGAGAACAAGGAAGCAGUUCCCUAUCUAAAGCGCUUAGUAUUCAUCAUGAAUAUCAACAUCCAUAUCAUCGAUAUAAUCAACCAUUAACUAAUUGUAUGUCAACUGGUUCAGAAGCCUGCACUGUUAUUUGUGGACAAGUGGAAUUUUUAAAAGCACCAAUUGUUAUCCUGUUGAGAUUAAAUAAAAGUAUUCAACGUUCAUGUAUUUCUGAAGUAGAUAUUCCUGUACGCUUUAUAUUCAUUUUUAUUGGACCACAAAUUGAUGAUUGGAAUUAUGCUGAAUUAGCACGAAUAUUUGGUGUCAUGAUGACUAAUGAUGCAUUUCGUGUAUCCACCUAUGAUGCGAAUACUGUUGAUGAUAUUGUUAAAGCAAUUGACAUUUUUAUGCAAGAUUCAUUGGUAUUGCCACUUUCACGUCACUACAAUGCAAAUGCUCUGGCUGGAAUGACGCGACAAAUAGAAGCUUAUCGAAGAGAAACAGUAAUUGAAAGAGACGUUGAUCGACGCGUACGAGCUUUAUUUACAGUAAGAAGAGUCAAUGAACAAUCACAGAACAAUUUAGUUAAUGGAUCAUUCCCUCAACCUUCAUUCACUGUUAAACAACAAGAUGGUGUAAUAAAACCUGAUGGAGAUAAACCAACAGUUCAGCCAACUGAAAUUGAAACACCAAAAUCUUCAAAACGUCAAAAUUUUCUACGUGAUUUUUGUCCACCAUUUAUUGAAUUAGCUCGUGGUAUUAAACCAUGGAUUAAACGUAUGCCAGGAGAUUAUAAAGAUGCUGUGAAAAAAGAAAAUAUAGGCAUUGUGUUUGGCAGUGUGCUGUUCAUUUAUUUUGUCAAUUUAUCUCCAUCAAUUACAUUUGCUGCAUUAUUAAAUACCCAAGUUGAUCCAUCCUACACAGUGACACUAACACUCUUAGCAGUUGGAAUAUACUUGAUACUUUUUACACUUUUAUCUGGUCAACCAUUAGCCAUAAUUGGUAUAUCUGCUCCUAUAUACAUUGUUGAAUCGUCACUGGUAUCAGUAUCAAAGAGUACUGGAGUAGAUUUCAAACAGCUGAGAGUAUGGACAGCAUUCUAUUGUGCUAUAUUUGGUUUUUUAUUUGUUGGAUGUAACAUGUCUGGUAUAGCUAAUCAUAUACGCAGAUCAGUUGAAGAAGUCUACAAUUCAUUUAUUGGAUUCUUUUUUUUAUUGAAAGCUUUAUUCACAAUGUUUUUAUUAAUUCCUUCCAAACCAAAAGAUAGCUCUAUAGCUGCUAGUUUGUUUUAUUAUCAGAAAUUAGCUGUAGCUGGAGUUACUUUAUUUUUGGCAUUUAUCAUGCUUCAGUUCUGUUUGAUACUUGCUCAGUUGAAAAGAGGAAAUUAUUUCAGAAGAAAUAUUCGAAAACUUCUAGGUGCAUUGAAUGUACCUUUGGGUAUGCUAUUAAUUACUGGAUUGGAGAGAAUAUUUUUUAGAGGUUAUAAUUUACCAACUGUAAAUAUACCUCCAUCAAAUCAAGUCAAUGCUUCAACAUGGGUGAAUUCACCAGAUUUCUCACGUUUAUUAGACUACAGUAAAGCACCGUCUACACUUAUCCAUGGUACUUCAGCGGCUCUUGGAAUAGCUUUAGCAAUAAUUAUUUUUACUGAAGCCGCUUUAAAUGGUUUAACAGCAAUGAAAAAUAAGGCUGCAAAACCGAAUAUUUUUGUAAUGGACUUAAUAUUAUUACAAAUUGCAUUCCCAAUUAUUAGCGGACUUACUGGUUGGCCUUUUGUGUCUGGUACAACAGUUCGUACACUAAGCAAUCUUGUUGCCUUGGUUAAAAUGGAUCAAAGUCCAGCACCCGGUAUGCCACAUAAAAUCAUAGGAACUGUUGAACAACGUGUCAGUGGGGUAUUUGUUGGACUUCUAGUGGCUCUAUCAAUUUUUCUAGGAUCUAUAUUGAGUCAUAUUCCUCUUGCCGCUCUGUAUGGCAUGUUUCUUUAUAUGGGUGUAAUGGGAUUACGAGAUUUACAGUUUGUUUUAAGAAUGUGCUCAUUAAUGAAACGUCGAAAACAUUGGGAGGACUGGGAGUGUGUUCGAGGUCUACCCAGCCGUCAUAUACUAGUCUUUUCACUUAUUCAAGCUGCAGUUGUUCUGAUACUGGUUAUCCUGAAUAUUAUUUCCGAUUUUACACCUCUCAACUAUGUUGGGAUUAUUUUCCCAGUUGUUAUCCUUUUCUAUGGUCUUAUUCGAGAGUUUGCCCUACCAAAAUGGAAAUGGUUAGCCUUAUAUCUUCAUCAGCUCGAUCGUAAAUAUAAACUAAAUCCAAGUAGUAUGCGUAAACCAUCAUCAGCAGUACGCAAUUUGUCUACAGUUCGUAAAGAAAGUAUUGCUAGUUUUGCAUCUGGUGGGCUAACUGUUACAUCACAACUGAAGGCUAAUAACUUUAUUGAAUAUAUAAAUGAUCAUGAAACAACUUCAUACAGUGAUAUCAGUGAACAUGAAGAUGGUGUGGUACGACGAACUUGGGCAACAUAAUUAGUACAUAUAUAUGGAUAUAUAUAUUAUAUAUAUAUAUAU